AUGGGAGCCUAUGGGAGCAAGCCUCUGAACAGCAAGCUGACCAUUGACGCGUUAGAUGACCUGUUUGUAGCAAAUUCCUAUUCCUCGCGGACAGUCGGCCAGCUUGGCGGCGCAGCACGCCUGCCCGCCGUGGCGCGCAAGAUGCCAGCCCCGACCAACAAGCAGCCUCUGCUGCAGCAGCAGCACAUGUCUGAUGCCAUAGGGUCGGGGCCGCUUGGGCAGGGCGCGCACAAGGGCGUGGCGGCGCGAGCUGCCAAGCCGCCACAAGUGCCCCCGCUGAGCUUUGGGGCGCGGCGCGGAGGCGGGGACGGCUACAGCACCACGGCGGGAGGCGGCAGCCAUGCAACCGCGGACCAGGCCCUCAGCGCGCGGCCCCUCGGGUGCAGCGCGCCCGGCAGCCUGCCGCCCGUCUCUCAGGCCCGCGCCGGUGGCGCGGCGGCGACUGCGCGCGGCGCCUACGCCUGGCAGCAGAGCCAGCAGCAGGCCGGGGCGGCGGUGACGCAGCAGCAUCAACAGAAGCAGCAGCGUACCCAGAAGCAGCAGCAGCAGCAGGAGCAGCAGCAGCAGGAGGAGCAAGGGAGUGGCGUGGAGAUGGGACCUAUCACGCCUGCUCAGGCCCUCAAGCGGUAUAGUGACUACCUGACGUCCUUUGAGCAGAGCGAGGUGCUGCAGUACCACCAGGUCUGGUUCCUGGGCAAGGCUGACGCGCUCAAGGUGCAGGGCAACCCCCACCUGUCUGCGACCAAUUAUGGCUACGACGACGACCGCGGGGACUACACAGUCACCACACACGACCACAUCGCCUACCGGUACGAGGUCCUGGGCGUGCUGGGCAAGGGGUCUUUCGGCCAGGUGCUCAAGGUGCUGGACUACAAGACUGGGCAGCACCUCGCCCUUAAGAUCAUCCGCAACAAGAGGCGCUUUCACCAGCAGGCACAGGUGGAGCUCAAGGUGCUGGAGCACCUGACCUCCCACGACCCCGAGGACGCACAUAACAUCAUCCACAUUGGGGAGCACUUCACAUUCAGGAGCCACCUCUGCAUCACGUUCGAGAUGCUCAGCAUCAACCUGUGCGCAGGGAGCAGGCCGCGGGAGAGGCGGCGCUGCCCGCUGGUGCCAGCUGCACACCUGACUUGGCACGUGGACAACUACGACCACAGGCUGCUGCUGCUGCUGCUGCUGCUGCUGCUGCUGCUGCUGCUGCUGCUGCUGCUGCUGCUGCUGCUGCUGCUGCUUCUGCUGCUGCUGCUGCUGCUGUACGAGUUCAUAAAGCAGAACAACUUUGCGGGACUCAGCCUCAACCUCGUGCGGCGCUUUGCUUCCCAGAUGCUGCAGUCGCUCAAGUUCCUGCGCCAGCAUGACCUCAUCCACUGCGACCUUAAGCCGGAGAACGUGCUGCUCAAGAGCCAGCACCGCAGCGCCAUCAAGGUCAUCGACUUUGGCAGCAGCUGCUUCAGCGAAGAGCGCGUCUACACCUACAUCCAGUCGAGGUUCUACCGCAGCCCCGAGGUCAUCCUGGGGCUGCCCUACGGCUGUGAGAUCGACAUGUGGUCCUUCGGCUGCAUCCUGGCGGAGCUGCUCACGGGGUACCCCCUCUUUCCGGGCGAGGACGAGCACGAGCAGCUGCUGUGCAUCACCGAGGUCAUGGGGCUGCCGCCGCGCCACCUGCUGGACACCGCGACGCGCCGCAAGGUGUUCUUCGACGCCAACUGGGACCCCAUCAUACGGCCCAACAGCAAGGGCAAGGUGCGCAGCCCCGCGACCAAGACGUUGUAUGGCGCCCUGCGCUGCAACGAUGCGGCCUUCAUGGAUCUGCUGGAGCGCUGCCUCAGGUGGGACCCCGCUGAGCGCAUCACGCCUGCAGAUGCGCUUCAGCACCCCUGGUUUGCGGAGCUAGCCGCACAGCAGCAGCAGCAGCAGCAGCAGCAGCAGCUACGGCCGACGAGCAAGGCCGCACCCAUGUCAGGGCAGGCCACGCCGGCCGACAGCGGGACCCCCGUCCGGCAGAAGCCUCUGCAGCAGGUGAUGGCAGCAGCGGUGGCCGCAGCCGCGGCGGCGGCAGGCCUCCCCGUGGCGCACGCCCAGCCGGUGGCGGCAGCCAGGGACACGACGCAGAGCGGCACCGACCGCACCCCGAGGGGCGGCGCCCACGGCGGCCAGUUGGGCGGCGUCGUCGGCGGCCGGCUGCAGCUGCAGCAGCAGCGGGCCGCGGGCGCGCUCGACGCGUCCAACGCAAGGGCGGGCGCGAGCGACCAGAUGCCGUCGUCAGCCGCGCCGUUGCCCAAGGCGCCGGCGGCGGCUGGCGGGGCCCUCUCUCACGACGCGGCCGCGGCCGGGCGGCCGGGGCAGCAGGAGGCGCCGCGGCUGGUUGUCACCGGCCAGCCCGCGCUCGCCAAGGCGCAGGCGCAGGCGGGGGUGGGGGAUGCGGCCGGCUCUGGCGUACUGGGCCGCCUGCUGCUGCCGCACCUUCGGCGCUGA